GUCGGUGCUUUCAUGCACAUAUCUUGUUUUCUUUUUCAUUUAUGCACUACAUUGAACGAAAGUUAAUUCACAGAUCUCAAAUGACUUUUUAACAUAAUGUCAAGAAGAAUACAUUUCCAAGCAAAUAAUAAUAUGUUUAUCCGUCAGUAUAUUUGUUUUUAAGAUGAAGUAAUUUGUACAAAAUUAUACAAUUCCGUUCCUUUAUUCUGAUAGUUUGCAUAGAUUGUCUCUUGUGGAUACAAAUUUUAAGAAUGCAUUUACAUAAAAAAAUUAGCCUAUUCAAUAUUAUUAAUACUGUAACGAUUAUUUUAACUCAGUUCUAUGCUGAUACUGCUUAUACAAACCAUAAAACGCAAAACUAUUUUACUAAAAGUUCAAACUUAUAUUUUUAUGACCGAAUUAAUGAAGAUAUUAAUUUCAAUGAGAAAUACUUACCUCGACAAGCUAUCACAAGAAGGUUAAGGGAUGUUGUGCCGAUUAUGUUUCCCAUUAACUCAAAAGAAAUCGAAGUGUCCGAUCAUUUGAAAAGUCUAAUUGAAUCUAAUCAAAAUGGAAAUAUACCAAGUGAAGUUUAUUCAAACGAAAGGGUAGGUGAACAACAUGGAGAAGGUGAAGAAGGUGUAGAUGAUGUGAGUCACUGUGUUCCAAUUCAUGAAUCUGUUUGUCAUGGCCUUCAAUACACACAUACAUCGUUGCCUAAUUCAGUGGGUUUAACAACACAAGAAGAGGCCGCAAAACGCAUGAAUGACUACCGUUCCUUAAUCAAUGUUGGAUGUUCACAGUAUUUGAAAUUUUUCCUAUGUACGAUUUAUUUUCCAAUGUGUACUCCAGCUUUGAAUCCACCAGCUGCCUUACAACCAUGUCAAAAUUUAUGUCGUUAUGUUCAGUCAAAAUGUGAACCAAUUAUGAAAAGUUUUAGCUUCCCUUGGCCAAUUGAAUUGAAUUGUAAAUCAUUACCCUCCGAGUCCGGAAUGUGUAUACAACCACAAAAUUAUGAUUUAGAUAAACAAGGGGAAAUUAUAAGUCAAGGAAUUCCAUCUGAAGCUCAUGGAGCCAUUGCUAACUUGCUACCAGAUUUUGGUGAAUUUCUAGCUCAUCAAAAUGCACAAAAUCAACAACUGACAGGUGCGCAGACUAACCAGACAGAUAACAAUCAUGGGAAGAUAUCUCUUAUAGAUAAUAAUCAGUCUGGAUUGAUGAAGCAUCAUAUACUUCAUAGAGCCAAACUACAAGCCUCAAAGUGUUAUGUUGUUGAAAUCCUUUUAUAUUCCGAACAAGCGCAUGAUAAUAUUACAUGCGCCCGUCGGUGCAACGCUCAUUUGUUUUACAAACCAAUUGAAAAACGUUUUGCCAAUAUUUGGAUGUUAGUUUGGGCCAUACUUUGUUUAGCAUCAUGCACAAUGACAAUGAUUACAUUUACUCUAAGCCGUUCACGUUUCGCUUAUCCAGAGAGACCGAUUAUUUAUAUAUCAGUUUGUUACUUUUUUUAUUCUACUGGGUUCAUUUUACACGCUCUAAUUGGACGUGAUUCGGUGGCUUGUAGAAACAAAGUUGAAACUAUUUCAUCAUCAUUAUUACCCAGCGGAGUAUCACAAGAAGGAGCGAAGAAACUUCUUACAAGUGUGGCCCAGUCGAAGGUUAAUGUUACUUUCUUGAUAACUUCUGGACAUGAAGGUACAUGGUGUACUAUCGUAUUUCUUAUCCUGUUUUAUUUUAGUCAAGCUAGUUAUUUAUGGUGGGUUAUGUUAGCUAUCUCAUGGUUCUUAUCGGCUUCAUGUAAGUGGGGAUGUGAAGGCAUAGAAGCUAUCAGUAGUAUCUUACAUAUGCUCGCUUGGGCAGUUCCCGCAUUAAAGACUAUUAUCAUAUUAAUCAUGCACCGCAUUGAUGCAGAUGAGUUAACUGGGUUGUGCAAUGUUGGUUAUCAAAAUUCAACAAGUUUACUUGCAUUUAUAUUAUUGCCACAAGUUAUCUACCUGUUGUUGGGUAUUUUAUUUUUAUUGGUAGGUUUCCAUUCUUUGAUUUCUCUUCGAUCAAACUUGAAACAACAUGUUAAAAGUCUCAUGCCUGUUGCCAACACGAAAACAGGACUAGCAAACUGUUAUAACUCUCAGUUUAAAAGAAACGUUACAGCAACAUUAGCAACAUCAGCAACACCACUACAACCAAUAACGCUAACUAGUCCAGUCAUUCCUCUCAAUAAUGGGAAUAUACGACGUUUAGAUAAAUUGAUGAUAAAAAUAGCCAUAUUUUCUAUGUUAUAUGUUUUACCAAAGGCCUGUGUUAUUGGUGUGAAUAUUUACAAUUAUAUUAAUUACCCAAAAUGGAUGAAAACACUAGAUAAACUGGCGAAACAAACAAAUUGUUUGACGGAAUACGGUACAAAUUGGUCGUUGGUCACCCAAUGCGUUAGUGAUAAUCACUUCCCAUCAGUUGAAGCUAAUAUGCUACAAAUUUUCAUGUCAUUAGUUGUCGGUAUCACUUCAGGUAUGUGGGUAUGGUGUAACCGGAAAUCAUCAGAAACAUGGAUAAAAUGUAUGACAGGCAAAAAGAAAGAUUUAUCUAAACAUGAUUUGAAUUACCAUCAUCAUAUUUGUGAGGAUGCUGUUGCCGGUGUUGCUACUGGGAAUAAUAAUAAUUUGUCUCAAGUUGACCAAAAAGCACAACCUAUGAAUUCAACCUGUUGCAAUUCAAGAGGAGGAUGUGGAAUAAAUAGUCAGCAUCCAGGAAAUUUGUGGCAAUCUUAGAAGAAAUAUAUUUAUAAUGGAAUUCGCUAAUGUUUGAAAUGAGAUGGUAUCAACUAUCCAAUCUACUUCAUUUUAAUUCUUUGAAAAAGAUUCUUCAUGAUGGAAGUAACAAAGGAGAUUCUUACUACAUUUAUUGACGAAACAUCUACUUUUCGUUAGUCGAAGUUGUUCAACUAUCUGUCUUCCAAAAUGAAGAGAUUCCCAUUUUCGUUGUUUCAAAUUUCCCAAGAGAAUGAAAAUUAUGAGUUCAUCACCACACAUGUAAAUCGACUUGACCAUAUUUACAUUACGAUAAUAAAUCUAAUGAGUAAACACAAAACUUUCAGCAAAUAUAACUUAUAUCACCCUUAUUACUGAGUUACCGACAGAUCGACACUCAAACUCCACAGCAAUUUACGACUAGUCUAGUUGAUCCAGCUUUAAUAGCUUAUUUGAAGAGAGACUUUUUUCCCACGUCUGGAAACAGCAUCAAUUUUGAUAAUUCAAUGAACAAUACUAGUCACCUGGUAGUUGAUUCGUCUCAGUAUCAUCAGCAUGGAAUUGCACGAAACAACAUGAGAAAUUUAAUGCCUUCUGGAUCAUUAAAUUUAUCAUCUGGAGCAGCUUCAUGCACAAGUACAGUACCUUUGUCAUAUGGUUUAGGAACAAUGGAUAUGUCUUUAUUAAAUUCAAAUGAAUCGAAUUAUUGCAUUCGUUCGUCACAAAGACAAACCGUUAAAAUCAGACCGACUAAUAUUGGAAGACCUGACUUUUGAUUUACGUUCAUUUCAUUAGUAAAUAGUGUACAGUGUACUUGAAUAAAGUUCAACUAUGGCUAUAUUUAUCCACAAUAGCAUAUAUUCACCAACUUAUAAACAAGAGAUUAUAUCAAGGAAACUGUAACAUGGAACAAAAGUCAAAUGUGGAAAGAAUUAUAUCAUGCAAGUUUUGUUCAACCCAUACUAAUACAUAAUGACAUUAUAUUAUAAAGUCAUUUCAUAAAUGCUGAUUCCUUCAUUUGUUUUCCGUCAGCUAACUAUUUAUUAGUUUAAACGCAGAAACCGUCUUUACACACACACACACACAGUAUGCUCAUCUUUGUAUAUAAAUUAAUUUGUGAUUGAUAUUCCAGUAAUCUUUUAACUUGAAUUGUUUUCUUUUAUUCUUUUCAUAUUUGGUGAAAAUCAAGAAGUUUAUCAGCCUAUAUACCCACAUUCAUUUACAUUACCAUGAGUUAAUCUGUUCAAUUUUUGAGUGAACUUUAUCUUAAGUUUACCUAUUGGUUGUAGAGAAAAGAAGAUAAAUCAAAUUGUUCAAAAAACCCCCCCCAAAAAAACAAAGCAGUUGGAUAAAUUUAACUUGGUAUUGGUUAAUUAUAAUAAACUAAAUCAACAACUACUAAUUAACCAUGAUCAAUCAAUGUAGCCUAGAAAAUUCCUUUUCAAUUUAUUAUUAUUUUAAUUCCAUUCUAUUCGUAAUUUAUAAAACUUGUUUAAUACUUCCAUUUGGGAAAUGUGUAAACGUAUUCAAUUCUAAAGAAUAAUAUAAAUACUCAGCCUGAAUAAUUAUUAUC